CAACGUUGCCAUAUUCUUACUACUUGCCUUCCUUCAAGUCUUCCUUUUGGCACAAUUCGAGGGAGCUAGUGGCUAUUUAUUUCCUUGUGUUUCUCCCCUUCUUUCCAUAUAGUUAUGUUUUACUUUCAGCGGUCUCUCUUGCCUAUUUUUGGCACGAGACAGAUACCAAGAUUUUUUGGUAGGAUACCAAGCAUACAAAGAUCUCUGAACAUUCCAAAUGUCCGUUCUUUUCAAACUUCUUCGAUCUUAAUGCGUACUCUGAAUCAAACUUUAAAGAAGAAAAGCAAGGAUGCCUCAAAGAAAGACCAACAGUCAUUAGCACUUGAAGGUGGUCCCUUCAGACGAGGCGUUUGUACGCGUGUCUUUACAGUAAAACCGAAAAAACCAAACUCUGCUGUUCGUAAAGUCGCAAGAGUUCGUCUCUCUUCAGGGCGAUAUGUUACUGCUUACAUUCCAGGAAUUGGCCAUAAUGCUCAAGAACAUGCCGUCGUUUUGGUCCGAGGAGGUAGAGCGCAAGAUUGUCCCGGGGUUCAGUAUCACAUUAUCCGAGGUGUAUACGAUAUGGCUGGUGUUGUUGGUCGUGUUUCUUCACGAAGCAAGUACGGUGUGAAAAAACCAAAGACUGCUUAAGCGUAUCACGAAUGCUGCCCUGUGCACGCAAAAAAGUACUCUACAGAGAAGGGGGCUGUUCUCUUAUUGAUGUGAAUAGUAAAAAGAAUAACGAAUCCUUCUUUGUUGGUUCUCUGUUAACUAGCAUGAUUCAUUUGAUUAAAAAGACCCCAAUGUUCCUUGUUGGAAGCGUAUAAAGUUUCUUUCGUUCAUUCCCAUAUUUCAUUUUGACUAUAAAGACUUUUGACGGAAAUAUUACUGCUAGAGAAAUGUUAAUUUUU